AGUGGAUUCAACGAACAGGGCUACGUACAGCCGGGACUUAAACUGACGCCACCGCCGGUCCCGUCUCCCCAGGGCGUAAUAGGACCUCCGGGAAUCUCUUCGGUGCAGCAGCAGCUGAUGCAAUCGGUACGUUCGCCACCUCCUAUACGAUCGCCCCAACCGAACCCGUCGCCCCGUCCGGUACCGUCUCCGCGAAAUCAGCCCGUUCCCUCGCCCCGCGCUGGCCCCGUACCUUCGCCUCACCAUCAUCCAGGUCACGCGGGCGGCACGCCCACACAUUCGCCGGCACACGAGCUCGGUGGCCCCAGUGAGAUGAUGCUCUCGCAGUUGAGCCAAGCGACGGCCGGUGGUCAGCCUGGACCGCAUCCGGGUGUCCAGUUGCCCCUUCAUCAGUCGCCUGCGGCGGCGAACGCUGCUGUUGGUUGCCAAGACGGCAACGACAUUACCCCCAUGACGCCGCAGGAUCAGCUAUCUAAAUUCGUCGAGGGUUUGUAGUGACUUUUACUAGUGAAAUCUUGAUAUGGUGCUUAUAGAGACUCAAGCCAGCUGGCCAGAUAGCCACUGCUAAUUAGUGAUUAUUAAUAAUUAAAAUAAGUAUAGAAAUUAUGCGUAACGCGCGCCCUUCCCCGUGGCUCUAUAGGAGGGCGCACUCACAAACCUAUAUAGAGACAUGAGACAAUGUUGUAUAUAGUUUAUACAUAUUGUAAAUAAGCAUAUAUUUUAAAUUAAGGUAUAGUUUAAACAAAUCGCGUGAAGCACUGCGUAUAGUAGAUAAAAAAAAAGAAAAGAAAAAAUACGAGCCGUGAGAGAGACGAGCGGCAAGAGAAGGAAAGGAAGCGCAACGACGCUUAUCGACUUUUUUUAAAUUGUAUUACUAUAGAAGAUAUUAUUUUUAUGAUUAUUAUUA